AUUGUCAAAAAGUGGCAACGUAUUGAUUAUUGUUUAAGAUCGUUUGUUUUUAUCAGCUUAGCAUAAAUAUUGCAGAUAUUUUGGUAGUAAAACAAAAUUAGUACAAUUAGUGCCAAUGGAGCCAGCCGAUAUGAGAUCUCGAAACAAAGAGUCCUUUGUACUCUUUCGCAAUACUACACAACGCACCAUCAAUCUAUAUUGGUACCUUGAUCACAACAUAACAUUCCACAUGACAUUAACACCAGGCGCCCAAUGUAAAACCAACACAUUUACAAAUCACGGUUGGAUUUUUUUUGAUAAAGAUACCAGAGAAUUAAUGCAUGUGAAUCACUCUAAAAUAUUUUGGCCAAAAACGUAUCAAAUGCCUGACCCAGCCGAUCCCUCUCGACUUAUUCCAUGCCGCAAGGAAAUUCGCAUAUGUUUACCGUUGCGGUCUCUACGGGACAACUGCCUCUGGAGAAUUGUGCAAACUCUUGCUUCAAUACCACCCACAUUAGCGACGAAGGUUAUUGACGAAUUUAUGUCUAUUCCUAAUACACUGAAAAGUGAACUAAAAGAACGUUUGAAUAGGCAGCUGAAUCCUAAUCGUACUUUAUUACAAAUUCAUUGAAACAACUUCGCUCUAAUUGUGCCUAGGUCAUGUUUAUAUAUGCCUGUAAAUACGUACAUUUAAAUUUAAAGUAAACACACAAGCCUCAUACU